AAGGUGGAGAGCUCGCGGACUCUGACGGAACUUUUGAAGCUGCGGUUUGUUUGUGUUUGUUUUUAUUUGUUGUUGUUGUUUUGUCAGCAUGUGGGCGCGAGCUGUGCUGUGCGCGGCGCUGCUGUCCGCGCUGUGUCCGGCGGGAAGGACGGAAGCCGAGAGGGACGAGAGAGAAGUUCAGGACUACCGCUACAACUCCAACAGGCUGCUCGGCGCGCUGCACGAAGUGCUGGAGAGACUGCAGACCAAGAGGAUUAAUCCCUGGGAGAAGAAAUACGGACAAGUUCCCUCCUGUGACCUCGGGGAGCACUGCGCCGUCAGGAAAGGAUCUCGCAUCGGGAAGAUGUGCGACUGCCCCCGAGGAGCUCUGUGCAACUUCUUCCUGCUCAAGUGCUUAUGAGCCAAACGGGAUCGCGGAUAUUUUAAAAAAACUGUAUAUUUCACAAGUAUAUAAAUAUAUAAAUACAUGAAAACCUAAACUCUGUAAAGUAGCAUCUAGAGCUCUGGUUGUGUGCUGCAAUAAAAGGUGUUUUAUCUUGCUUUUAAAACAGCGACUCCUCUUUGUUUUAUUGAUUUCUACACGUCGGCAAAAUAGAAGUUAAUGCUUAAACAUUAAAAACAGUCCCAUGACGCCUUGAGAGAAUUAAAAAUGAGACUUCUUUUCAAGGUUAAGGUGGUACAGGAGCAUUCGGUUUGCUUUUCUUCGACAUUUUAGGGAAAAAAAUUAAACUUAUAUGGAAGGAAAUGCAGUUUAAAGGAACCAGCUGGAUUUUAUUUUCUAUCAAUAUAACAAGAAAAAGUCACAAAACAAUAGAAACGAGCAGUUCAACUCAUACUCAGGGUUGUUUUUUUAAACUCCUGCUGCAAUUGAGGGGAAUUUAUUGUCAUAAUCCACAUUAAACAUCCUUUUUUGACAGAUCAAAACAUUAAAAAUCACAGAAGAUCUGAGCCAGUAACUGAUGGGACUGUUGGUUUUCCUCGUGCAUUUAAAAGCACACCUCGUCUGUC